UUCCGAUUAAAGCGCUGCAGCUGAAGACCGUGUUAUUCAGCAGCAGGAUCCGCUCCUGCCGCGCGCCGUGGAUCUGUGCAGUGAAAGGACUUAUCUCUUUUUGGGGGAACUCUGGGUUUUCUGCUAGAUCUUUCCGGUUUGGAUCCGUUAAUGUUGACGCACUUUAAGUUUUUUUCUGAACUCCUGUGUGUCUCUGCGGCGCAGUGGGAGUUGGACGGACCGAGGUUAGAUGCAGCAGAGAGGUGCUGAUCAUGCAGACGGUUGUGUUUUCGUGGCAACGGCGUGGAUGUGGAGUUGUGUGGCUGAUUCUGCAAUGAGGAGCGUGUUUUUGCAAACCAGCAUCAACUCACCCGCAGAAGUCGGAGCCGCACUUUCGCUCCAUUUGUAAAGAAGAAAGAUUUGUGUGCACUGUAAGUGUCGCCGUGAGGAGCAUGCAGUAACAGCCAUGCCCGUAGAGAUGGAGAAGAUGGUCACCAAGCUGAUGUACGACUUCCAGAGGAACUCCACCUCAGAUGACGACUCUGGCUGUGCUCUGGAGGAAUACGCUUGGGUUCCACCAGGACUCAAACCGGAACAGGUUCAUCAGUAUUACAACAGCCUGCCUGAGGAUAAGGUGCCCUAUGUGAACAGUGCAGGAGAGAAAUAUCGCAUCAAACAGCUGCUCCACCAGCUCCCGCCCCACGACAACGAGGUGCGAUACUGUAACGGCCUGGAUGACGAGGAGAAGCGAGAGCUCAAGCUCUUCAGCAACCAAAGGAAACAAGAGAACCUGGGACGCGGCAACGUCCGCCCCUUCCCCGUGACGAUGACGGGGGCCAUCUGUGAGCAGUGCGCAGGUCAGAUCAACGGCGGCGACAUUGCUGUGUUUGCAUCCCGAGCAGGUCUCGGGGUGUGUUGGCACCCAGCCUGUUUCGUGUGCAGCAUGUGCAAGGAGCUUCUGGUGGAUCUCAUCUACUUUCACCAGGACGGGAAAAUCUACUGCGGCCGGCAUCACGCCGAGAGGCUGAAGCCGCGAUGCACAGCCUGUGACGAGAUCAUCUUCGCAGACGAGUGCACCGAGGCAGAGGGCCGACACUGGCACAUGAAGCACUUCUGCUGUUUCGAGUGUGAGACGAUGCUGGGGGGCCAGCGCUACAUCAUGAAGGAGGGCCGACCCUACUGCUGCUCCUGCUUCGAGUCGCUCUACGCCGAGUACUGCGACUCCUGCGGGGAGCAUAUCGGCAUCGAUCAAGGCCAGAUGACCUACGAUGGGCAGCACUGGCACGCCACGGAGGGCUGCUUCUGCUGCGCCCGCUGUAAGCGCUCCCUGCUGGGACGGCCUUUCCUGCCCAAGCAGGGUCAGAUCUUCUGCUCGCGCUCCUGCAGCCUCGGGGAGGAGCCCAACGGCUCCGACUCCUCCGACUCAGCCUUCCAGAGCGCGCGCUCCACCAGGGAGUCCAGGCGCAGCUCCAAGACGGCGAAGAGCGGCGGCGGGGUGCAGGCCGAGAGGUUCUCGGGGGAGGUGGACCCUCUGUCUUUACAGAUGGACCUCCUGAGCCUGUCCAGUCUGACGCGUGAGCCGCCGGCUUGGCAGAGCCAGGAGCAAACGGGCGAGGGGCGUGGCUACGAAUCUCACCUGGACACCUCCUCCUCCAGUCCCACCCCGCUCCAGCUCCUCAGUCAGUGCAACGUUCGGAGCGCCUAUAACUCCUCCUGCUCCGGACAGAACGGCCAGGAUCACAGGAUCAAGGAGAACGGCGGCGUCAAGCGGCCUCCCGUCUCCGCCACAAAGGGCCAGUCUUUGAGCGACGCGUGGUUUCAGCAGGGACCCCCAGAGGAGUACUAUCCUCCCAAACUAAGGACCCAGAAGAGCUUCACUGAGGUGUCCCAUUGCUCCCAGCAGCAGAACGGCUUCACCUCAGACAAGCGCUCCAUCAGCUUUCACGGCUUUCAGAGGGGCAGAGACGCACCCGCCCAAGUGCCGCGAAGCAGGAACCCCAUUAAUGCACUUAGUUUCCCCGAGCAGCUGACGCCGCUGGUGCAGACCCCAAAGGGGUCUACCGAGUCUCUGGCUCUGUCAAACGCCACAGGAAACUCAGCAGAUCGUGAAGGGAAACAUGAGGAGCACCUCUCCCGUUUUUCCAUGCCAGACUUGAGCAAAGACUCGGGAAUGAAAAGCAACGUGGAGAGCCUGAACUCCUCAGUGCCGCUCCGCAGCUCGGAGUCCAUCCACAGCCUCGCCGCCAGCCAGUCCUACAUGGAAAUGAAACCGUCCCGCUCCUCCCAGUACCAGAUGCAGUUCCGUGAUCCCAAUAGCAUGGACGUGGGGGUAGCCGUGAAUCAUCGUCCGCCUAGCUUCACCUACCCGGAGGAGGACCGGAUCAGCCUGGUCAACGCCAACGCGGCCCGUCUGCCACCCAUCAGCGAGUUCAGGGUGAGCGGCGCCGGAGGAAGGGGGGCGAGCGUUCGAAUCGACGCUCCAGAUGAGACUCCGCAGCGCCGCCGUCACCACCAUCACCGCCCGCGAAGAUCCCGGCGCUCCCGGUCAGAAAACGCUCUCAACUUAGUGGCCGAGCGGCGGGUGAGACCACAGGAGAGGUCCCAGCUGCGAGUCCGGGAGGACUACGAUCGCUUCCCCCCGCCGAGAAGCGCCCGGGAUCAGUUCGGCAUUGGGGGAGGGGGGAGAUACCAGCCCCAGCUCUUCAGGCAGUGCCCCAGAACCACAUCGGACUUGACGCUCCAAAACCCCGGCGCCGGCAGACGCACCGGCCUGAGCCAGUACUCUUGGGACGAUUACUACGAUGACGACUGGUGCUCCACUUGCUCCUCGUCCUCCGAGUCCGAGGACGAGGGUUACUUCCUGGGCGAGCCCAUUCCCAGACCCGUCCAGCUGCGCUACCUCAGCAAUCAAGAGCUGGUGCAAAAGUACAGCAACAGCGGGGUGGGAGGGGCCAACCGCAGUGGGCAGAUGAGCGGUCGCAAACGCAGGAAAAGCAAAAACUGCAUCAUAUCUUAGCAUCUCGGAGAACAUCAAAAAUAAAAAUGUUAGCGUUGCUGAUUAUCACGUUUAUUUGAAGUCGUCAGCAAACCAUAACUGUGUUUGUUAUUCUCCAAGCUUCAGGUUUUAGGCUUUUUUAAAAGCUGAUAUCUUUGUUUUUAUGCAGCACAUGAGUUUUUUUUUUCCACAGUGUGAUUUAGGGUGUAAUGUUCUAUUGAAAUCGGUUGACAAUGUGUACAUAGAUGAAUGAAGUAAUGAUUUGACUUAAGUUAAGGAAGAACGUGUAAAUAAAGUUGUAAAUGGGCCUCACAUAUUUUUAUAUUUUGUAAGGAUAGAAGCGUUUAUGUAAUAAAUAUCUAUAACGUAGAGAUAGAGGUUAACGACAUGAACGUAAGCAUUUGUAAUUUGGUCGACCAUGAACUGCAUUUGGAAUAAAGGGGUGUUGUAGUGACUUA